AUGUCGCCGAAUCGUGCUCUACAACGUAAUAUCUCCUUUUAUGAUGCUACCAACCCUCAAGAGGCUCUUGGAGGAGUUGUCCAGAAUGGGUCUAUAACUGAGGCAAAUUUUCUUGACAUCCUCGGAAUCUUACUUGUUGUUGACGGGGUGAGUCCUCUACGUGCUCAAGGGAGGAUGUCGAACCAUAUCGUAUCCAGAAGGGACGUGCCCCUUAAAACAGGGGUAUACAAUAUUUAUUGCGAUGGUAUGUGCUAUAUUUCUCUUAGUUGCUUGGCGGCCCGGGUGCUAAUUUAGUAAGCCUCUAUCCAAAUCAGCAAUGAGCCUUGGAUACAGCGUUUGGUUUCUCGCUUUGCCUAUCGUGAGAAAGAUACAUUCCGCCGUGAGAUCAGUAACCGCGAUCGGAAAUGCGUCAUUUCAGGAAUUGUCAAUCCCGAGAGCAGUAUCCAGGCCGGUAACUGGGCUGGCUUCAAGGCUGCCCAUAUCUUCCCUCUUGAGCGUGAGGGCCAUUGGAUCCAGUAUGACUAUGGGCGGUGGAUCACAGACAUGGAUGAUGCCCCUAGAUCUUCGAAGAUCAGCUCAUCUCAAAACGGCAUUCUCCUCCUGGCCCAUGUCCACCAAGUGUUCCAACAGUACCUCAUUUCCGUUAACCCAGACGACGGUUACAAGGUGGUUGUGUUUGACCUGGACCGGUUUGGGCUUGAUGGUAAAAUUCUGGAUCCCCUGUGUCGAUCCCCAGAUGACCCCCACCAUGCCUCCGAUGAACUCCUUAGAUGGCAUUUCCGGCAAUCAGUCCUUGCGAAUAUGAGAGGAGCAGGAGAACCGAUUUUCGAGCACGACUUCCCACCGGAGACCGAUAUGGUGGGUGAGAUUCUUGCUGGUCACUAUGGGCAAGAGAGGUUUGAUUUGGACAUAACGGAUAGGUUGAGA